AUGGCCGCUGAAAUCGAAGCAGCUAAACAGGCAGCUGCUAUCGAAGCAGUCAAGAAUCACUUUCCCCCCAAUCCUCGCUUCGUCGGCAUCGGGUCGGGUACAACCAUUGUCUACGUGGUGGAAGCAAUCAAGACUUGUGGCGUCGACGUCUCAAGAGUCGGCUUUGUGCCUACAGGGUACCAGUCGAAGCAGCUCAUUAUAAACGCCGGAUUGGUACCUAUUGAGUUCGAUGCCCUUCCAGACGAUGUUCUGAUUGACAUCGCAUUUGAUGGCGCCGAUGAGGUGGAUGAGGAAUUGAACUGCAUCAAGGGGGGAGGUGCAUGUUUAUACCAAGAGAAACUUGUCGCAAUGAGAGCAAAACAAUUUGUUUGUGUUGCGGACUACCGAAAGCUCCAGAAACGACUGGUCACCAAGUGGCCCACGAUCCCGAUAGAGGUUGAGCCAAAGGCAGCGCGACAAGUCAUGAAGAGACUGCGCAUGCUUGGCAGCAUCAGUACAACAGGUGCAGGUCCUAUGAUUCGCGAGGGGCAUAUGGCUAAAGCUGGUCCCGUAAAGACGGAUCAGGACUUCUUCAUAGUCGACGCGCCAUUUCCGCAUCCGUUGUUGAUCGCCGAAGACCUGACUCGUGAUAGGAGGGGCGACGGCGAGGAUGGGUAUUGGGAGGUCGAGCAGCUCGCCAGAGCCAUCAAAGACAUCAACGGUGUAUUGGCCGUGGGUCUUUUCUGUGGUCCAACCGGUCCUGAAGCCGUGGCAGCAGGCGUCAUCGGCGGACAAAGACCCAUCGCGUGUUAUUUCGGAAUGGCCGACGGCACGGUAUCGGUACAGAAGGCUCGGCACAAGCGGAAUUCCGUCAUCGCGAGAUACCCGCCUCUGAUACCCGUGCACAGUUCUGAGCUUCAGGAGGCUGUAAUAUCCACAUGA